AUGGAAGAUGCCCACCUUGCAGCACUGGAUAUCCAAGGUCACCCAUCUAUGUGCAUGUUUGGGGUGUUUGAUGGCCAUGGGGGCAAAGAGGUCGCAAAAUUCGUUGCGCUGCACCUCGUAGAGGAGCUUCUCAAGAAUGAGUCAUUUCAGAAGGGAGACUUUGAGUCAGCGCUGAGGUCCACUUACCUGAGAAUGGACGAAGUCAUGAUGGAGGAAGGCAGUCAAGCAGAGUUGGUUGCCCUUGCAGGGGGCCGUCAAGAGAGCGAGGACAUAGAGUUCACUGACUUUGAGAACAUGGAGUUGCCGGACAUCUUGAGGAAGGCCAUCCAGGCUUCCACCAAGGACCAUGGCCAGCAGCGGCAGCCCUUCCAGUUCGUCAAGGCCAGUCAGGUGACUUCUUUCCCAAUCUCGGACCUCGAGGAUGUGGAGGAUGAGGACAGCGAGGAGGAUGAUGAGCUACCUGACUCUCAGGAGGCUCCACAGGGGGAUUGCGUGAAGGCGGAAGAUGCUGUGGAUGGGCUCCAUGAGAGUGCGCCGGCCAGUAAGGACAGCGAGGGGAUCCCAGCAGGGGUGCCUCACACACUGAGCAUCAACAGGAGGAACGACAUUGCCGUGGAUGGCAGACCUGCCCAUGGACAGGCCGAUAAUGGGGGUGGGUCUAUGCUGUCUGAGAAGCCGCCCACCAAUGGUGACUGUUCGGGUGCUUCUGCUGACGAUGCCAGCGAUGGAGAGGUUGUCGAGAUCGACUCACCCCAAACCCCCCUAAACAUGGCCCUGCCGCAGGACAUGGUGGGCGCACUCGAGCUUGAAGGGCUGGAGGCUGCAGAGGCCGAGGGCUGCAGUGGACCACUGGCUGGCUGCACUGCUGUUAUGGCUCUGGUGGACAACAAGCGCCUGAUUGUGGCCAAUGCUGGCGACUCCAGGUGCGUUGCAUCUCGAAAAGGCGUUGCCAUUCCAAUGAGCCAAGACCACAAGCCAACUGACCCUAUUGAAGACGAACGGAUAAGAAAGGCAGGUGGCUUUGUGGCAGAUGGGCGCGUCAAUGGGAGCUUGAAUUUGUCCCGUGCUCUGGGCGACAUGGAGUACAAGAAGGCUAAGCACCUGCCCCCCGAGGAGCAGAUGGUCAGCGCAUUCCCUGAUGUGCGGGUGCUGGACUUGAAACGUGGUGACGACUUCUGCGUGUUGGCAUGCGACGGCAUUUGGGAUGUGCUCACAGAGCAGCAGGCUGUGGACUUUGUUCAAGAGCGCCUCAAGCGAAGCGUGCCGGUGGACGAAAUCGUGCAGCAGAUGUGCGAUCACUGCCUGGCAGAAGACUCGGCAGGGACGGGGGAGGGAUGUGACAACAUGACAGCCAUGGUUGUGCUGCUCAAGAAAUUCUGUACCAUAAAGGGGGCACAGAUAUCUGGAAAGAGGGUGCAGCCUGCAGAGGCCACCGCAAAGGCGUGA